CUCCAUCUUUAAUAUCAUUCUAGUUUAUAUUUCAACAUGGUAUCAGAGACAUCUAGUUCAGUUUAGUUUUUCAUAUUUCAGUUUUCCAGAUUUCAAUUUAGUUUUCAGACUCAGUUCUUUCUCAAAGAACCUGAGUUCAGUUCAGAACCUCUUGUGCACCAGUCUGUCUCUAAGAAACUAAAUCCGGGACAGAACCACUCUACACACCAUCAUCAUUAACCAGAACCUUUAUUCAGAACCUUAGUUCAACCAAAUUCAGAAUCCCUGUAUCAAGCAAACUACCUCCAUCUCUGUCGGGCCCGACCAUUUUCCGGCGAAUUUUCCGACUACCCCAUUCCUGCUGUCUCCAACCAGGCAUUGAAAGUUCGCAGCUCUAAAUCGAUGCACUUCAGCCACAAGUCCUCUGGAAGUAAUCGCAGCCGCCGGCGCGUAAUACACCUUCUCUGGCCGGAUAUUUGAUCGGAUAUUUUUUUUCCUACCACCAGGUAUCAUUUACUUCUCCCUCGUUCUUUAUCCAACAACGGAACAGAUAUCUGGGGAGGGAAUCUUGUGGUUGGUCGCUGGGAUCUGACAUCGGAAAUUUUCGGUGGGCAUCCGCUCUUCACUGGAUUCUUCGCAUCUGCUGGGUCUCGCGUGCUGGGGUCUCGCGUUGGAUUUCUAGCGCAAUCUCCAGCGAUCUGCGUUUGAUUUGUCUGGACUCAGUAGCCGUCAAUGCCAAGCAGAUUAGAUUUUCUUAAAAAAAAAUGGGUUGCUGUAAGUUUUUUAAACGGGCUACUGUAAGUUUUCAUUCAAUAUCUCACUUUUGAACUUAAUUACAUUCUCAGAAAAAAAAACAAAAAAAAAACAUGUCUCGUACAUGUCAAUUUGACAGAGUAAUAUGCAAUUACUGCAAGAAGCCCGGACACUUGAUCAAAGAUUGUAGAAAAUUGCUAUUCAAAAAUCAAGGAAAUCGGCUUGCUCAUGUUGCUUCCGCUACCAGUUCCUCUGAUGGAUCAAUUGCUAUUUCUUCAGACGAGUAUGCCAAAUUUAUUUGCUACCAAGAAUCUCUAAAGCAUUCAUCCGUCCCUAUCUCGGUAGUCGCUGAUUCAGGUAUUUCAAACACAUGUCUUGUUUCAUCAUCCUCGAAAUGGGUCAUUGACUCAGGUGCCACAGAUCAUAUGACCGGUAAUCCUAGUCUAUUCUCAUCAUUUCAUUCAUAUUUACCUACUUCUAGUGUUACUUUAGCUGACGGAUCUACCUCACCCGUUCUUGGAUCCGGUACUGUUGUCCCAACUUCUAGAUUACCAUUAUCACAUGUUUUGAGUCUUCCUAACUUUGCGUUUAAUCUGCUUUCCAUCAGUAACAUUACGACUCUGAAUUGUUCUAUAACAUUUUUUCCUGGAUACUGUGUGUUUCAGGAUCUGUUAACAAAGCAGACUAUUGGUAAAGGACAUGAGUCGGCUGGCCUUUAUAUUUUGGAUACAUCAAUAACAAAAGGUAUCUAUUGUCUCGGGGUUGGAACUUUGUUAGAGGCUCAUUACCGACUAGGACACCCAUCUCUCACACUUAUGAAACAAAUAUAUCCUCAGUUUAGUAAGGUGUCAUCUAUACAAUGUGAGUCAUGUGAAUUUGCAAAACAUCAUCGCACUAGUUUAAGUCCACGACUUAAUAAACGAGCAAAUGCUCCGUUUGAUCUUGUCCAUACUGAUGUUUGGGGGGCAUGUCCAGUUGUGUCCAAAUCUGGUUUCAAAUAUUUCGUUACCUUUGUUGACGAUUAUUCUCGUAUGACAUGGUUAUUUUUUAUGAAGUAUCGAUCCGAGUUAUUUACUCAUUUCUCUGCAUUUUGCGCUGAAAUUAAAACUCAAUUUAAUGUUCCUGUUCGUGUGUUAAGGGGAGACAAUGCCCAAGAAUAUCUAUCUGCUCCAUUUAAAUCUUUUAUGCUUCAACAUGGCAUUAUUCAUCAAACUUCAUGUGUAGACACACCUCCUCAAAAUGGAGUUGCUGAAAGAAAAAAUCGACAUCUGUUAGAAACUGCAAGGGCUCUUCUAUUCCAAAUGAAUGUGCCUAAACAGUUUUGGGCUGAUGCUGUGUCUACUUCAUGUUUUUUGAUCAAUCGUAUGCCAUCUUCUGUUUUGGAUGGUAAAGCUCCUUAUCAAUGCCUUUUUCCAAAUAAAGAACUUUUUCCCAUUCCACCUAAAACAUUUGGUUGCACUUGUUUUGUUAGAGAUGUUAACCCUCAUCGCACGAAGUUGGAUCCCAAAUCACUAAAAUGUAUUUUCUUAGGUUAUUCUCGAGUUCAAAAGGGGUAUAGAUGUUUUUGUCUGAGUACAGGUCGAUAUCUUAUUUCUAUUGAUGUCUCAUUUCAUGAAAAUACACUUUGGUCAUCAUCCAAGACAGAUAUUCAUGAGGACAACGAUGAAAUACUCAUUUACACGGUUACUGUACCUGAGACUACACCUUCAAUAACUAUACCGAAUGUUCCUGUUUCUGACCCUAGACCUCCAAUACACUUGGUUUACACCCGUCGACACAAAGAACCAGAUCACCCUCCACCUGUGACACCUGUGAUUAAUUAUCCUGAUACUGGUCCGACUUCGACAUCAUGUCCUGAACCAGUACCUGCAUCUUCAGAUCUUGUCUCUACAUCAGAUCUUGACCUCCCGAUAGCACUACGUAAAGGUACACAGUCUUGUACUCAUCCUAUUUCUUCAUUUGUGUCAUAUAGUCAGUUAUUCUCUGCCUCGUGUUCUUUUAUUGCUUGCAUUGAUUCUAUUUCUAUUCCCAAAUCUGUCAAAGAAGCUUUGUCUCAUCCUGAAUGGCGUCAUGCCAUGGUAGAGGAAAUGAAUGCUUUGGAUCUUAAUGGUACUUGGGAUUUGGUAGACUUGCCUACAGGGAAGAAGUCUAUUGGAUGUAAGUGGGUCUUUGCGGUUAAGGUUAACCCAGAUGGAUCCGUUGCUCGAUUGAAAGCUCGAUUAGUUGCGAAGGGUUAUGCUCAAACCUAUGGUGUUGACUAUUCUAACACUUUUUCUCCUGUUGCUAAAUUAACAUAUGUCAGGUUACUUAUUUCACUCGCGGCAACUCAUGAUUGGCACUUACAUCAGUUGGACAUUAAAAAUGCGUUCUUGCAUGGUGAUCUUCAGGAGGAAGUUUAUAUUGAGCAACCUCCGGGAUUUGUUGCUCAGGGGGAGUAUGGGAAAGUUUGUCGACUUCGCAAAUCUCUUUAUGGUUUGAAACAGAGUCCUCGUGCAUGGUUUGGGAAAUUCAGUCAAUCCAUUGAACGGUUUGGAAUGAUAAAAGGUCAAUCAGAUCACUCUGUCUUUUACAGAAGAACGAAAACAGGUAUCACAUUGCUUGUGGUGUAUGUCGAUGAUAUUGUGAUUACAGGAAGUGAUACUGCAGGUAUUUUGGCCCUUAAGAAUUUUCUUCAUAGCCAAUUCCAAACAAAAGACCUAGGCUCAUUGAAAUACUUUCUGGUAGGGCUGAGCACGGAUCUGGGAAUUCCCGUUCCGUACCGAAGAACCGUCCCGAGCCGGUCCAGAACCGAUAGAACCGGAAAAAUGUAAAACCGUACCGUACCGAGCUUUUUUAAUAAUAUGGUACGGUACCGGUUCUUAGAGGGAACCGUUCCGGAACCGUCCCGGAACCGUAUUGUCCCGAACCGUCCCGUACCGUCCCGAAUUGUCCCGAAAACUAGUGUUAGAUUAUAAUAAUAUAUUAUACAUAAUAUAUUGCCGAGUACAAAUGUUAGUGACCAUAUGUCCCGAAAACUAGUGUUAUACAAGUAAUAUAAUAAUACUACGUAUAUUAUAUAUAACAUAUUACCAAGUAUAAGUGUCAGGAAUCGUAUGUUUGUAUAUUACAAAUAUGCAAUCUUGCAUAUUCUUUGGGCGUAAUCCAAUUAUUAAGACUUGCCAGCACUAAAAGUUAGCUUUAAAACAAAAACAAUACUAAAUGAUAUAAACAAUGCUAUGUAAAUAGAGUUAAUUAUAUUUCAUGUGGGUUAAUUAUUUACGAACCAAAUAACACCGAAGAACCGUACCGAACCGUGCUGAAAAUUGGUACGGAACGGGACAGGUUCCAUAUAUGUGCGGGACGGUACCGGUUCUUGAUUUUUAAAAGAACCGUACUUUGGGACGGGACAGGUUUUUUGAAAUAACCGUCCCGUACCGUUCCAUGCUCACCCCUACUUUCUGGGUAUUGAGGUAACACGGAGUAAGAAAGGUAUAUUCCUAUCUCAGCGUAAAUAUGUACUUGAUUUACUAGCUGAAACAGGGAAAUUGGGAGCAAAGCCAAGCACAACUCCCAUGAUUCCCAAUGUGCAACUCACUCAAGAAGGCAUACCAUUCGAAGACCCAGAAAGGUACAGAAGAUUGGUUGGAAAGCUUAAUUAUCUCGCAGUCACUCGUCCAGACAUUGCUUACUCUGUGAGCGUAGUGAAUCAAUAUAUGUCAUCUCCGACCAUUGAUCAUUGGGCUGUUGUAGAACAUAUAUUAUGUUACUUGAAAGGAGCACCAGGACGCGGGAUUGUCUAUCAAAAUCAUGAUCACAUGAGAAUAGAAUGUUUUGCAGAUGCUGACUGGGCCGGGUCUAAAGAUGAUCGAAGAUCUACCUCAGGCUAUUGUGUCUUUGUUGGAGGGAACCUAGUAUCCUGGAAGAGUAAGAAACAAAGUGUGGUUUCUCGUUCGAGUGCUGAAUCAGAAUAUCGAGCUAUGGCGCAAUCUGCUUGUGAGAUCAUAUGGAUAGGCCAUUUAUUGAGUGAAAUCGGAUUGAAGACAUAAUGCCUGCUAAAUUGUGGUGUGAUAAUCAAGCUGCCAUACACAUUGCUAACAACCCAGUAUUUCAUGAGAGAACAAAACAUAUUGAGGUUGAUUGUCAUUUUAUUCGAAAGAAGAUACAGAAAGGAUUGAUCUCUACGGGAUAUGUGAAGACUGGAGAACAACUUGGAGAUUUGUUCACUAAAGCACUAAAUGGGAUCCGAGUUGGUUAUUUAUGUAACAAGUUGGGCAUGAUAAAUAUCUAUGCUCCAACUUGAGGGGGAGUGUGAAAGAUAUAGAAUAUACUUUAGAAUAUUAGAAUAUACUUCAGAAUAUUCUAGGAAUAUACUUUGGGAUAUUAUUAUUGUAUAGAAUCUUAUAUAGGAAUAUUCUAUUUGCAAUGUAUAUUUAUAGGGACUUUCACAACUAAUGAAAUACACA